GACAAGUGCGAAUUAGGUGGACCAAUCGCUUGAUUGCCCGUCUUAAAACUUUUAUUUUUAAAUUUAUUUAGAUUUAACCACGGUAUUGUAGUAAAUAAUUUUGAACAUAAUUGUGUUAAGUGCGUAAUUAAGCAAAGUUUUAUUUUAAUCUCAAUAAUUGAAAUACAUUAGUAGACGAUUUUCUUUUUUUUUGAAUAAUUUCUACAGUUGGCUAUAUUGGAUAUUUGGAUGUAUGUAAUGUCAUUUGUGGUGUCAUUUCUACUGUCAAAAGUAAAUAACCGGUGUUUUUCUUAAUUUUUGAAAAAGAUAAAGAAAAAGCUGCACACACGAGAAAGUUGUUUUUUUUUAUAAAUUCCGAUUGUGAUUUUAUAGAAAACAAUGACGGCUUUUGAAGAAUUUGGGGUUCUUCCUGAAAUCGCUAAAGCCAUCGAUGAGAUGGAAUGGACUUUACCAACUGAUAUUCAAGCUGAAAGCAUUCCCCUAAUUCUGGGGGGCGGUGACGUCUUGAUGGCUGCAGAAACUGGCAGUGGCAAAACGGCAGCGUUUUGUUUACCCAUAAUUCAAAUUGUUUGGGAGACUUUAAAAGAUAUACAAAGUGGAAAAGUUUCUAAAGUUUCCACUAGUUCAUCUAAGCCUUGGACAAUGUCUAUGAUUGACAGAGGGACGGCUUUGGCUGUGGCUCCUUGCGGUUUACGCGUUCAGUCUAGAGAACAAAGGGAAUGGCAUGGCGGACGGUGUACUAGGGGGGUACAAGGCAGUGGUAAAUAUGCUUUUGAGGCUACUGUAACUGAUGAGGGGUUGUGCAGAGUGGGGUGGUCGACCCUGCAAGCUAAAUUAGAUCUAGGCACCUGCAGGAACGGGUUUGGAUUUGGCGGUACUGGAAAAAAGUCAAAUAAUAAACAAUUUGACGAUUACGGCGAGCCGUUUGGGAAAAGUGACACAAUCACAUGCUUGUUAGAUCUUGAUAAUGGACAAAUAAAAUUUUGCAAAAAUGGCACUGACUUAGGGAAUGCGUUUACAAUCAAUAAACCAAUGUUAAACAAUGCAUUUUUUCCUGCAGUUGUAUUAAAAAAUGCUGAAAUGGCUUUCAACUUUGGGGAAGAAGCAUUUAAAUAUCCACUUCCCCAAGGGUACGUUCCUAUUAAACAAGCUCCAAGUGAGAAAGUUGUAGUUAAUACAAAUUCUGGUGAAACGGGCGAUGAUAAUUCAGUUAAAAUAAAAAAUAACGCUCCUCAAGCAAUAAUAAUAGAACCAUCUAGAGAACUAGCAGAACAAACUUCAAAUCAGAUAAAAAAAUUCAAACAAUUUUUGGAAUCUCCUGCAAUUCGUGAGCUUUUAGUAAUAGGAGGCGUCAAUGUAAAAGAACAAAUCUCAACUUUACAAAACGUGGGGGCUGACAUUAUUGUUGGUACCCCUGGCCGUUUGGAAGAUCUGAUCCAGGGUGGAUAUUUAUUGCUUACAAACUGCCGAUUUUUCGUCUUAGACGAAGCCGAUGGCCUUUUAAAACAAGGAUACACCGAUCUGAUUGAAAGACUGCACAGACAAAUGCCAAAAAUAACCGCUGAUGGCCGAAGAUUGCAAAUGAUCGUUUGCAGUGCUACUUUGCAUGCGUUUGAAGUGAAAAAAAUGGCCGAGAAACUUAUGCAUUUCCCGACGUGGGUCGAUUUGAAGGGCGAAGAUGCAGUCCCUGAGACUGUACAUCACGUGGUUGUUAAGGUGGACCCCCAGAAAGACAGGUCUUGGGCGAAUCUCCGCAGACACAUUUUGACAGAUGGAGUCCAUGCGCAAGAUGAUGUUAGGGCGGGGAAUAACAGUCCGGAGACUUUAAGUGAGGCUGUGAAAAUGCUCAAAGGGGAAUAUUGCGUACGAGCCAUAGAUGAACAUCAGAUGGACAGGGCGAUUAUUUUUUGUCGCACGAAACUGGAUUGUGAUAAUUUAGAGAAAUACUUUAAACAACUCGACAGAAAUAAAUACUCUUGUGUGUGUUUGCACGGAGACCGGAAACCCAACGAACGCAAAAGCAAUUUGGAGGCUUUCAAGCAGGGGAAAGUGAAGUUUUUGAUUUGUACUGAUGUUGCGGCGAGGGGGCUUGACAUUUCCGGUUUGCCCUUUAUGAUUAACGUUACUUUACCGGAUGAGAAAUCCAAUUAUGUGCACAGAAUCGGUAGAGUUGGUAGAGCCGAGCGAAUGGGUCUUGCGAUAAGUCUAGUGAGCUCAAUUCCGGAAAAAGUGUGGUACCACGGCGAAUGGUGUAAGAGUAGAGGUCGCAACUGUUGGAAUACUAAUCUAGUGGAACAAAAAGGUUGCUGCAUUUGGUACAACGAGCCUCAAUUUUUGGCAGACAUUGAAGAGCAUUUAAACAUAACAAUUCAACAAAUCGAACCUGACAUGAAAGUCCCGCAUGAUGAGUUUGACGGAAAAGUGAUUUACGGCCAAAAGAGGAAACUCCAAACUACCAAUUACGAAAAUCACACUGCUCAGAUGGCGCCCAUAGUCAAAAAUUUGGCCAAGUUAGAGAGCCAAGCUCAGUUGUUGUAUCUGAAAAGACACUUAGCAAAGUUGGCAAAGGCGUAAAACACGGUAUUGAGGUAAUAAUGCGUACAUCAAUUUAUUUGAGAUAAACAAUAUAUAAAAUACAAUAGUUUAAACAAAUUAGACUAGUAAAAACAAUUUAUUGUUGCAAAAUUCAUAAAUAAAACCCAAAAAUUGCAUUGUGUGAACUACAUGUAAGAUAAAAAGUAUUUAAAUAUAAAUCCUGAAUACAUGGUGAAUACA